AUUCUGGGCCAGAAGGCAGAAGCUACUUUCCCUCAUCACUUUAGUUUCAUUCUUAAAUCAACCAGUUCUCGUCGAAUUUCGAAGGAUAACAAUCCUACAAUAUCCUGCAGGUGGUUGGAUUGUUAUUCAUAUAGUUUUAGAAAGAAACAACAUCUGCUCAAACCCAAGUUUGUUUUUUGGUGAUUCAUUUGAUUCGGUAUGGAAGACCUUCCUGUUGAAGUUAUAGGGAACAUACUGUCUCACCUAAGGGCUGCACGGGAUGUAGUUGUUGCCUCUGCUACUUGCAAGAAAUGGAGAGAGGCUUUCCAAUUUCACCUUCAGUCUCUUACAUUCCAUGAUGACGAUUGGCCCGUUUAUGGUGAUGAUCCCACAUCCAAUUGGCCGAUCUAUGGCCAUCCCACACCUGAUAAAUUGAAAAUUAUCAUCACUCAAACAAUUCUGCAAACCAAGGGGUUGCAGUGUUUAUCAGUCUUCUUGAGUGAUAUCACCUUCACAACUGACGAUGUUCGCCCUUGGCUUGUGCAUUCUAGAGAUACUUUGCGUGAACUGUAUCUGGAUGUUUGGAUACUUCCCAGUGUCAAGAUUCUUGAGAAAUGUAAUGGGCAGAAGCUGGAAGUGUUGGAGUUGGCUCAUAUUUAUAUGUGUAGUGAGUCAUGUAACUAUCAGAAAUUUCCUUUGUUGAAGACACUUCGGCUGGAGGAUGUUGAUGUCAAACCUUUGGAUUUGAGGACUCUUCUCACCUUAUGUCCAAAGAUUGAGAACUUGACUCUUUUGAGACCGAGGAUAGGUCCAGUGGGAACCAUGGAGGUGAAUACUAAUUCAUUGAAGACUAUUCAUCUUGCAGGAAUUACUGCUGGCAUAUUUAUACUGGAGGCUGAUAGUCUUGAGUACCUAGACCUGCAAAUGAGUAAAUUUGAGCAUUUUCAGUUUGUUGGGAAAGGGGCCUUGAAGGUUCUGAAUCUUGAUGUUGCUAGGAUCAAGUAUUUUGAGAUCAGGGACAACAUGGAAAAUCUGGAGAUUGUUGAUGUUAAUGACUCCACAAUCGAAAUGCCAAAGCUCUAUCUCAUGAUCUCAAGAUCAUCAAACCUAAGAAGGCUUCGGCUUUGGCAUGUUAAGUUUGAUAAUGUGGAUGAGGUCAUUGAUUUGGAGAGAAUUUCUUUCUUCUUCCCCAUGUUAACCCAUCUAUCCUUAUAUUAUGAAGAGGAGGAAAAACUUUUUAGUUUGCAGGUGUCAUCUCACUUGCAGAAUGUGGUUGUGUUGGAACUUGGUUGUGUUAUUUAUUAUCACCUCACAGAUAGGAUCGCAGGAAUCUUGCGGAGAUGUCCCAACUUGAAGAAAAUUGUCAUUCACGGCAAGAUCCUUCAAGAUCUUGAGAUUUUAGCUCAGUUUUCAGCAUCAAUCAUUCAGUUAGCUAGAAAAUAUUUGCAGGUAGAAUUCCAGUUUAAAUAUGAAUAGUGUUUUUUUUAUUAUUAUUAUUAUUGUAAUCAAUAUGAACUUGCAUAUUUUGUUGUCCCGACUACUUAAUACAAGAAAGUAAUUAAAAAUUUUCCAACUCUAUACAUCUCAUCGUUCAAUAAAAUUUUUAAGAGGCGUCUGGUUCAUUCAUUUUUUGAUUGGUAAAAUACUACUAGUUGAUAGUUUCUCUCCUUUUCUUGCUGCUUUACAGAGGGCAACUCAUAUUCCUUCUCAUUACUCUCAGUUUCUCUCUGGCUUUCUGAGCUUUGGUUUGAGCUGUCAUUCUCCAUUCCUCUAAGUACUGCAAAACAAAACAAAAAUAUGCCCCUUAAAUCAUCUGUGCUAAGUUUUGCAUCUGUUCAAGCAUUUAGAUGUAAUGGUGAGAU